AUGUUGGUGGUGGUGGUCGUGCUGCUGGUGCUGCUACUGGUGAUGAUGCAGCUGCUGCUGGUGAUGAUGCAGCUGCUGCUGGUGAUGAUGCAGCUGCUGCUGGUGAUGAAGCAGCUGCUGCUGGUGAUGAUACAGCUGCUGCUGGUGAUGAUGCAGCUGCUGCUGGUGAUGAUGCAGCUGCUGCUGGUGAUGAUGCAGCUGCUGCUGGUGAUGAUACAGCUGCUGCUGGUGAUGAUACAGCUGCUGCUGGUGAUGAUGCAGCUGCAUCUGAUGACAGUGGAGGUGUUGAGAUCCUUUGAGGCGGUGGAGGUGUUGAGAUCCUUCGAGGUGGUGGUGGUGUUGAGAUCCUUCGAGGUGGUGGAGGUGUUGAGAUCCUUCGAGGUGGUGGAGGUGUUGAGAUCCUUCGAGGUGGUGGAGGUGUUGAGAUCCUUCGAGGUGGUGGAGGUGUUGAGAUCCUUCGAGGUGGUGGAGGUGUUGAGAUCCUUCGAGGUGGUGGAGGUGUUGAGAUCCUUCGAGGUGGUGGAGGUGUUGAGAUCCUUCGAGGUGGUGGAGGUGUUGAGAUCCUUCGAGGUGGUGGUGGUGUUGAGAUCCUUCGAGGUGGUGGAGGUGUUGAGAUCCUUCGAGGUGGUGGUGGUGUUGAGAUCCUUCGAGGUGGUGGAGGUGUUGAGAUCCUUCGAGGUGGUGGUGGUGUUGAGAUCCUUCGAGGUGGUGUUGAGAUCCUUCGAGGUGGUGGAGCUGGGGGACUGGCUGUGUGAGAAGAUGCUGAUGGCGCGGGACGGCAGCCGAGACGAGGGACAGAAACUGCACAAGAAAUGGCUCAAGCAGCAGGCCUUCAUGGCAGAGCUCAACCAGAACCGGGAGUGGCUGGACAAGAUUGAAAAGGAGGGUCAGCAGCUGAUGGCGGAGAAGCCAGAGCUAAGCACAGGGGUCCAGAGGAAGCUGCAGGAGAUGAGGCAGUGCUGGCUCGAGUUGGAGAGCACCACCCAGGCCCGGGCCAGGCAGCUGUUUGAGGCCAACAAGGCAGAACUCCUGGUGCAGAGCUACGAGAGCCUGGACCAGCGCCUGGAGCAUCUGGAGGAGCAGCUGGGCUACGUGGACCAGGGCCAGGACCUGACCAGUGUCAACAAGCAGCUCAAGAGACUGCAGGGCAUGGAGAGCCAGGUGGAGCAGUGGUGUGUAGAGGCGGGACAGCUGCAGAACCAGACGUGCUCGCUCCCAGAGCAGGGCCACACAAAAGGCAGCGUGGAGCAGCGGCAGGCGGCCGUGGAGGCCCGCAUGGUGCGCCUCAUUGAACCUCUCAAGGAGAGACGGCGCCUCCUGUUGGCCUCUAAAGAACUGCACCAAGUUGGUCGGGACCUGGAAGACGAGAUUCUGUGGGUACAAGAGCGCCUCCCACUGGCCAUGUCUCAGGAGCAUGGGGGUAGUCUGCAGGCCGUGCAGCAGCUGAUGAAGAAGAACCAGAGUCUGCAGAGGGAGCUGGAGGGCCAUAGAAGCCGAGUAGAUGACGUGUUGGAGCGGGCAGCAUUCAUCGCCUCUCUGCGCAGCCCACAGGCCGACAGCGCAAGGGUCGGUUUGGAGCAGCUGUCCCAGCACUGGACGCUGCUGUGGGCAGAGACUGAGCGCAGGCAGCUGGUGCUGGAUGCAAUGUACCAGGCUCAACAGUACUACUUUGACACGGCUGAGGUGGAGGCCUGGCUCAGUGAGCAAGAGCUGCACAUGAUGAACGAGGAGAAGGGCAAGGACGAGCCCAGCACACUGCAGCUGCUGAAAAAACACCUGGUUCUAGAGCAGACCAUUGAAGACUAUGCUGAGACCAUCGGCCUGCUGUCCCAGCAGUGCAGACAGCUGUUGGAGAUGGGCCACCCAGACUGUGAGCGCAUCAGUAAGCGACAGGCGCAGGUGGACCGUCUCUAUGUGUCUCUGAAGGACCUGGUGGAGGAGCGCAAGAGCCGCCUGGAGCAGCAGUACUGGCUGUACCAGCUGAACCGCGAGGUGGACGAGCUGGAGCAGUGGAUUGCUCAGAGAGAGGUGGUGGCCAGUUCACCAGAGCUGGGCCAGGACUACGAGCAUGUCACGCUGAUAGAGAACCUGACAGAGAACCUGACAGAGAACCUGACAGAGAACCUGACAGAGAACCUGACAGAGAACCUGACAGAGAACCUGACAGAGAACCUGACAGAGAACCUGACAGAGAACCUGACAGAGAGCCUGACAGAGAACCUGACAGAGAACCUGACAGAGAACCUGACAGAGAACCUGACAGAGAACCUGACAGAGAACCUGACAGAGAGCCUGACAGAGAACCUGACUGAGAACCUGACAGAGAACCUGACAGAGAGCCUGACAGAGAGCCUGACAGAGAACCUGACAGAGAACCUGACAGAGAACCUGACAGAGAACCUGACAGAGAACCUGACAGAGAACCUGACAGAGAACCUGACAGAGAACCUGACAGAGAACCUGACAGAGAACCUGACAGAGAACCAGACAGAGAACCAGACAGAGAACCUGACAGAGAGCCUGACAGAGAGCCUGACAGAGAACCUGACAGAGAACCUACAGCUUUCAUAA